GAUUGAAACGCAACUUUAGCAAAUGUAGCGUGCGAAGAGAAUUAAAUUCACAAGUGUUUUUGUGUUUCACGUAGAUGUCAAAAAAAUUAAACUUUAACUUAAAAAAAUUCUUUCCGUAACUUUAAAUCAUGCCGAAACAGAAGAAAAAGCUAAAUGCUUUUAUGAUUUUUGCUAUGGAAGUUAAUAAAAGACGAUUUAAUAGUUCAGAUUAUAAUAAAGCAAUCGGAAUUGCUGGUCGACUUUGGAAUAAACUAAGCAAGGAGAAGAAAGAAGAAUAUAAAAUAAAAGCUCAGAAAUCUAGUGAAGUUGACUGUGUCGAGAAUUCCGAUAAAAAAGAACCAAAAGAAGCAAAUGAAAUUGUUUCUGUUUCAAGCGAAAUUAACAAGAUAGUGACGGAUGCAAAUUCUAUAGGAGAUUUAGAUGAAACAAUUUUCUACUUCAUCAACGCAUCAUCGUUCUUUGAGAUAAAUGAUGAAAUUUAUCCUGCAGAAAUCGCUUUAGCAAAGUUCAGUUUGAAGAGUGGAAUUAUUGAUGAUCUUCAUGUUCAAAUUAAUCCUGGUGAACUUCCACUUUCUUCAAUUUUCAUUGCAUUGGAAAAAUCGAAAAAUUCACACAAAUAUCUGCUUCCACCAGAUUGCGGGGGUGUGAAAGAUUAUUAUAUGAUAUUAGAUAUGUUGAUAUCAUUUUUGUUGCCACUAGAAAGGCUUCCAAUAUUUUUCACAGAGGGAAAUAUUCAUUACAAUUCUUCUCCAUUUCUAGAAACGCGAAAAGUUUUUGAGAAAAUAUUUUAUGAAGCACAAGAAUUUGACAUGCAACCAGAAAUUAAAAUUUAUCCAAUUGAAGAACUUUUUUAUGCUUUGCACAACAUCACGGUACGCAAUCGUAAUGAUAUAAACGACUCAGAGAAGGAAGAAACAUUUCCAUCAAUUGCUUUUGCAUCGGACACUUUUUUCGACAAUAAUUUUCGAUUGAUUUCAAAAAGUUGCGAAUUUCAUGAUCAAGUCAAUGCUCCACAUCAUUGCUGCUUAUCGAAAGUGCGAUCCUAUGGCUACACCAUCGCUAAAUGGUGUUCGGAUGGAUCUCAGUAUCCUCUCAUUGACGGCAAACAUUCUCCACAUAUUCUCACUCUUCAAUAAACAUUUUCAUCACAUUUUACACAAUAGAAAUUAAAAUAAAAUAAAAGUCAACACAUUUUGUUGGAAUUUCUUAUAUAAGAAAGGAUCUUCGAUUUAUUUUCUUGUUAAGUUUAUG